AUGUCUCGGACCCGUCGCAUAUCACCAAAUACAGCCAGCAGCUCCCAGGUGGAGUCGGCAGUGGAACAAUACGUUAUUUCAUCGACUGAUCGUGCCCCGGCAACUCUAAGGUUAAGAGCAGAAAACGAACCCGCUUCUAGAGGUAUCGACCAGGGCGAGAACACCCCCCAGCGUAUAAGGUGGAGUGAAGAUGUCAUAGACAAUGAAGGACUCGGGAGGAAGAGUUCAAAAGUAUGCUGCAUUUAUCAUAAAAGUCGAACCAUCGGCGAUAGCACCUCCGAGUCCGAAUCUUCAGACUCUAGCACGUCUGGAUCUGAUUCGGAUAGCGAUAAUGAAGUAGCUUGCAAAAGAAGGGAAGGAGACCACAAACCUCUAGAUCAAUGCAAUAGUCACGCGGAUCAAGGCCCUGGGCAUGCGUCGAGAAGAGGGCGAGCUUCUUGCGAUACCAACCACCAUGGAGGGAGAGCCAAAAGGAGAAAGCCAAGUCCCAAUGCGUACGAGAAGAUGCCAAAAACGACCAAUGCACGGGCUUAG